CUAUGGCAACUGGAAACGCUUCUCCUCCAAAAGGACACGUAUUUAAACUAUAGCCAAGCACUAAGCUACACCAGCCAAGCUUUGAGCCAAAACUUGCAAGGACUAAGAAAGAAAGGCCCAAUAAGGAGAUUAAGCAAGCAGCUAAUCUACUUUUUACAAGAGAAUUGGAAAAGAAUUUGGGUUUUGGCACUAUGGGUCAUGAUAAUGAUUGGCUUAUUCACAUGGAAAUUCUUUCAAUACAAGCAAAAAGAUGCUUUUCGGGUCAUGGGUUAUUGUCUUCUAACAGCUAAAGGUGCAGCAGAAACAUUAAAGCUCAAUAUGGCUCUCAUUCUCUUGCCCGUCUGCAGAAAUACCAUCACCUGGCUCAGGUCCACAAAGUUGGGUUACUUGGUUCCAUUUGACGAUAACAUAAACUUUCACAAGACUAUUGCAGCUGCAAUUGUAAUUGGUGUCAUUCUCCAUGCUGGAAAUCACCUUGCCUGUGAUUUUCCAAGGCUUAUAAACUCAUCUGAUAAAGACUAUGAUGAUUACUUGAAAAAUGAUUUUGGAGGACAUAAGCCCACAUAUGCUAAAUUGGCAAGAGGGGCUGAGGGCGUGACGGGAAUUCUAAUGGUUAUCUUCAUGGCAAUUGCAUUUACUCUUGCGACUCGAUGGUUCAGGCGAAGUCUUAUUAAGUUUCCAAAACCUUUUGAUAGACUCACUGGGUUCAAUGCAUUCUGGUAUUCUCACCAUUUAUUUGUCUUUGUAUACAUCCUGCUCAUCAUUCAUGGAGUAUUCCUCUAUUUGGUGCAUAAAUGGUACCUAAAGACGACAUGGAUGUAUCUUGCUGUUCCAGUUUUACUUUAUGCUGGAGAAAGAGCCCUGAGAUUUUUUCGUUCUGGCUUUUAUACUGUCCAGCUUCGGAAGGUUGCAAUUUAUCCUGGAAAUGUCCUCACAUUGCAAAUGUCAAAGCCUUCCCAGUUCCGAUAUAAGAGUGGACAGUAUAUGUUUGUUCAAUGCCCUGCUGUUUCUCCAUUUGAGUGGCAUCCAUUUUCCAUUACCUCCGCUCCUGGUGAUGACUACCUUAGUGUUCACAUCCGGCAACUAGGUGACUGGACACAAGAACUUAAAAGAGUAUUUUCUGAGGCAUGCGAACGUCCUGUGGCUGGGAAAAGUGGACUUCUCAGGGCUGACGAAACAACCAAAAAAAGUUUGCCAAAGCUCUUGAUAGAUGGUCCUUACGGUGCCCCAGCACAAGAUUAUAGGAAAUAUGAUGUCCUGUUACUUGUUGGUCUUGGGAUUGGAGCAACCCCUUUCAUCAGCAUUCUAAAAGAUUUACUUAAUAACAUUGUCAAAAUGGAGGAGCAGGCAGAAUUGGGAUUAGAUAUAAGUAGGACGUCAGACUUAAGUGUAGGAAGCAAUGAUGGUUCUAGUCACAAUAACAGAACUUCUCCAAAACGUAAAAAGACUCUAAGGACUACCAAUGCUUACUUCUAUUGGGUAACCAGGGAGCAAGGUUCCUUUGAUUGGUUCAAAGGGGUCAUGAAUGAAGUUGCGGAGCUUGAUCAAAGGGGUGUAAUUGAAAUGCACAAUUACUUAACCAGUGUGUAUGAAGAAGGUGAUGCCCGAUCAACCCUCAUUACUAUGGUCCAAGCCCUAAACCAUGCAAAGAACGGUGUAGAUAUUGUUUCUGGCACUAGAGUCCGAACCCAUUUUGCAAGGCCUAAUUGGAAGAAGGUUCUCUCCAAAUUAUGCUCCAAGCAUUGUAAUGCAAGAAUAGGAGUUUUUUACUGUGGAGCACCUGUCUUGGCUAAAGAACUCAGCAAGCUCUGCUAUGAGUUUAAUCAAAAGGGUUCCACCAAGUUUGAGUUUCACAAAGAGCAUUUCUAAAGAGACAAUUGGGGGUGCGUAUAUAACUAUCUUUCAAUACACUUUCAGUCCUGAAUUCUAACCCUGCACACUAAAGAAUUCUACAAUAAUUUUACCCACGAAGCAUUUGUACAGUAUUGGGUAUAAAAGGAUAAAAAGGGAAGCGCCCCCUAAAUAGAGGUAAUAAACAAAUCUAUUCAGUAGCUUAUAUUAAUAGAAGCAGAGAAGAAAACAAAUCAUUUUGGCUAAUGAGAUGGCUAAGCCUAAGGGUUGCAGCGAUAAACCAUUGCCAAUUUAGUGCUAGAGGAAGAGCUAAAGCGAUUUCUGGGGUGGAAGAGUGCGUUACAGCUGCAAUGGAGAGAUUGACAUAAUUGAUAAGAAUAUGGCUAUUAUGCUUGAUUGGUAGACAUCAUUAUGAGUAUAGCAGAGGACAGUUACUGAAAGAGACAGAAUUAGAGGUAAGGUUGUGGAAUAUGGAGGUGGAGAUUAUCCUAUGAAAUUUUACUAGUAAUUGUUUUAGGGGGUCGAAGAGAAAAUUCUUUUGGAAUGUCAAUGCUUAAACCAGUCAAUCCAUGCAAUGGUAUUUAGUUACUUGAUUAGAAUAAGCAAAUUUAUGUAAAUGGUAUACUUUUGUUUUUUUUGUUUGGUUCUUUACAUUAUUGGUGAGGAAUUAUUUAAAAUAUUCUAGGGAGGAAUAUUAUUAGGAUACCACUGGAAAGUAAAUGGGUCAAUUCUGUUACCAAGUGAUUUUGUAUUUUGUUGAGAAUUGUAUACAGUAAUAAUACAGUUGACACGUGAUAUUUUCACAUU